CUGGCAGGGUUACCACACUGCUCAACUGUGAAGCAAUCUUUCCCAAGGAUGACCAUGUAUCUAGCAAAGGGCUGCCUAUAAAGGCUGGGCUCGUGCUGCUCUUACCAGUUUGUGACUCUUCAUCUUUGAAGCAAGAAGAUGGCCGCCAAAACCCCAUCUCUGAUGGAGCGCAGCAUCGACACGAUCAUCCACACCUUCCACAAACACUCUAGGAAGGAAGGAAACAGGGACACCCUGAACAAGAAGGAGUUCAAAGAAUUGGUGACCAAAGAUCUGGCCAACUUUAUGAAGAAGGAGAAAAGGUGUGAAAACCUCCUAACAGACGUCAUGGAGGACCUGGACACAAACCAGAAUGAGGAGCUGUCGUUUGAGGAGUUUAUCAUGCUGAUAGCAAAACUGGUCUUUGCUACCCAUGAGAGUCUGCAUGAGAACAAUCCCCGUGGGCAUGACCACAGCCACGGCGAACUCCUGGGGAAGUGAUUAA